CGGAAGUGCGUUCACAAUAUGUCUGCUGUGUCGAAGCGCCAGCAGAACAAAAACAUUGCGGAGGAGGAGAGGAUGGCCGAAGGUGGGGUGGACGAGCUGAAGCAGCUGGAGUACCUCUCUCUGGUGUCAAAGGUCUGCACGGAGCUGGACAACCAUCUGGGGAUCAGUGACAAGGACCUCGCCGAGUUUGUCAUCAGUCUUGCUGAGAAGGAUCCCUCCUUCGACGGGUUCAAGGCCCUCCUACUGAAGAAUGGAGCUGAGUUCACGGAUUCGCUUGUUGGCAACUUACUCCGUCUCAUCCAGACCAUGCGACCCGCCUCCAAGGAGUCUGCAGGCAAAGGCUAUGAGCCUCCGGCCAAGGAGAGGAACCAGAAGGAGAAGUUGAAGGAGCUGUUUCCUGCGCUCUGUAGAGCCAACGAGCCUUCUCCGAAGAAGGUCGUAGACGAGGACGAUGUGAAAGUGGCCGCUGAUGCCAUGAAGGAGCUGGAGAUGUUCAUGCCGAGCGUCAGCACCUCGGACUCCAAGAGCAGCCGCAGCAGGUCGGACAAGAGGCACAGGAGUCGCAGCAGAAGCCGAGAGCGGGACAGGGACCGCAACCGGGACCGGGACCGCAGGAGGAGGCACCGCUCCAGGUCUGGCUCCCGGGACGGAGAUCGCCACAGAGAGCGAGACCGAGACACCAGGGACAGGUCCCGAGACACCAGGGACAGGUCCAGAGACACCAGGGACAGGUCCAGAGACACCAGGGACAGGUCCCGAGACGACAGGGACAGGACCCGGGGCCGCGACGACAAGGACCGCGGGAAGGGGCGGGAGCGGUCUUCCCGCUGGGCCGAGCGGUCGCCCAGCCCCCGCAGGGAGAAGGAGCCGGAGAAAGAGGCGGACUGGAAGGACAAGCACGUGGACCGCCCGCCCCCAGAGGAGCCCUCGGUGGGGGACAUCUACAACGGGAAGAUCACCAGCAUCAUGCAGUUCGGCUGCUUCGUCCAGCUGGAGGGGCUGAGGAAGCGCUGGGAGGGUCUGGUCCACAUCUCGGAGCUCCGCCGGGAGGGGCGUGUGGCCAACGUGGCGGACGUGGUCACCAAGGGGCAGCGGGUGAAGAUCAAGGUGCUGUCCUUCACCGGCUCCAAGACCAGCCUCAGCAUGAAGGACGUAGACCAGGAGACCGGGGAGGACCUGAACCCCAACAGGAGGAGGAACGUGGGCCCCGACGGCGGGGAGGAGAUCACCAUGAGGAACCCCGACCGGCCCGCCAACCUGAACCUGGGCCACGUCCCGGAGAUGGAGCAGGACGACACCCUGGAGCGCAAGAGGCUCACCAAGAUCUCGGACCCCGAGAAGUGGGAGAUCAAGCAGAUGAUCGCGGCCAACGUCCUCUCAAAGGAAGAGUUCCCAGACUUCGACGACGAGACGGGAAUCCUUCCAAAGGUCGAUGAUGAAGAAGAUGAGGACUUGGAGAUCGAGCUGGUGGAGGAGGAGCCCCCGUUCCUGCGGGGUCACACCAAGCAGAGCAUGGACAUGAGCCCCGUGAAGAUCGUCAAGAAUCCGGAUGGCUCGCUCUCCCAGGCGGCCAUGAUGCAGAGCGCCCUGGCCAAGGAGAGGCGGGAGCUGAAGCAGGCCGCACGCGAGGCCGAGAUGGACUCCAUCCCCAUGGGACUCAACAAGCACUGGGUGGACCCGCUGCCAGAUGUGGACGGACGGCAGAUCGCGGCCAACAUGCGUGGCAUCGGCAUGAUGCCCAACGACAUCCCGGAGUGGAAGAAGCACGCCUUCGGGGGCAACAAGGCGUCCUACGGAAAGAAGACCGCCAUGUCCAUCCUGGAGCAGAGGGAGAGCCUGCCCAUCUACAAGCUGAAGGAGCAGCUCAUCCAGGCCGUCCACGACAACCAGAUCCUGAUUGUGAUCGGGGAGACGGGGUCCGGGAAGACCACCCAGAUCACCCAGUACCUGGCGGAGGCGGGUUACACCACCCGGGGCAAGAUCGGCUGCACCCAGCCCCGUCGAGUGGCCGCCAUGUCCGUGGCCAAGAGGGUGUCUGAGGAGUACGGUUGCUGUCUGGGCCAGGAGGUGGGCUACACCAUCCGUUUCGAGGACUGCACCAGCCCAGAGACGGUCAUCAAGUACAUGACGGACGGUAUGCUGCUGAGAGAGUGUCUGAUCGACUCAGAGCUGGGCCAGUACGCCAUCAUCAUGUUGGACGAGGCCCACGAGAGGACCAUCCACACAGACGUGCUGUUCGGCCUGCUCAAAAAGACGGUGCAGAAACGCACGGACAUGAAGCUCAUUGUGACAUCGGCCACGCUGGACGCUGUCAAGUUCUCCCAGUAUUUCUACGAAGCUCCCAUCUUCACCAUCCCCGGGAGAACGUACCCCGUGGAGGUCCUGUACUGCAAGGAGCCCGAGACGGACUACCUGGACGCAAGCCUCAUCACCGUCAUGCAGAUCCACCUCACAGAGCCCCCAGGGGACGUCCUGGUGUUCCUCACGGGUCAGGAGGAGAUCGACACGGCGUGUGAGAUCCUGUACGAGAGGAUGAAGUCCCUGGGGCCGGACGUCCCGGAGCUCAUCAUCCUGCCCGUGUACUCGGCCCUGCCCAGCGAGAUGCAGACCCGCAUCUUCGACCCGGCGCCCCCGGGCAGCAGAAAGGUGGUCAUCGCCACCAACAUCGCAGAGACGUCCCUCACGAUCGACGGGAUCUACUACGUGGUGGACCCGGGCUUCGUCAAGCAGAAGGUUUAUAACUCCAAGACGGGAAUCGACCAGCUGGUGGUCACGCCCAUCUCACAGGCUCAGGCUAAACAGCGAGCUGGUCGGGCCGGCAGGACGGGUCCAGGAAAGACCUACAGACUGUACACUGAGAGGGCCUACAGAGACGAGAUGUUGACCACCAACGUUCCUGAGAUCCAAAGAACUAACUUGGCCAGCACUGUGCUGUCCCUCAAGGCCAUGGGCAUCAACGACCUGCUGUCCUUCGACUUCAUGGACGCCCCGCCCAUGGAGACCCUGAUCACAGCCAUGGAGCAGCUCUACACCCUGGGGGCCCUGGACGAUGAGGGCCUGCUCACCAGGCUGGGCCGAAGGAUGGCUGAAUUCCCUCUAGAGCCCAUGCUUUGUAAGAUGCUCAUCAUGUCCGUCCACCUCGGCUGCAGUGAGGAGAUGCUCACCAUCGUCUCCAUGCUGUCCGUCCAGAACGUCUUCUACAGACCCAAGGACAAGCAGGCCCUGGCGGACCAGAAGAAGGCCAAGUUCCACCAGCCGGAGGGGGACCACCUCACGCUGCUGGCCGUCUACAACUCCUGGAAGAACAACAAGUUCUCCAACCCCUGGUGCUACGAGAACUUCAUCCAGGCGCGCUCGCUGCGCCGCGGCCAGGACAUCCGCAAGCAGAUGCUGGGGAUCAUGGACAGGCACAAGCUGGACGUGGUCUCCUGUGGGAAGGCCACGGUGCGCGUGCAGAAGGCAAUCUGCAGUGGCUUCUUCAGGAACGCCGCCAAGAAGGACCCCCAGGAGGGCUACCGGACCCUCAUCGACCAGCAGGUGGUCUACAUCCACCCCUCCAGUGCCUUGUUCAACCGACAACCAGAGUGGGUGGUGUAUCACGAGCUGGUGCUCACCACCAAGGAGUACAUGAGGGAGGUGACCACCAUCGACCCGCGCUGGCUGGUGGAGUUCUCCCCCGCCUUCUUCAAGGUGUCGGACCCCACGCGCCUCAGCAAGCAGAAGAAGCAGCAGCGCCUGGAGCCUCUCUACAAUCGCUACGAGGAGCCCAACGCCUGGAGGAUUUCCCGGGCCUUCAGAAGGCGCUGAGGAGCCCAAUGCCUGGAAGAUCUCCAGGAAUUCAGGAGGUCUGAGGAGUCAAACAGGGGCACCCAUUGUUUUGUAGACCGUUAUGAUCUCAAAAGGACUCUUUUUGGAAAGGCUUUGUGGGUCAGGUCGGCCAGGGUCCUUGGUUCCGGUCUUCAGCCCCCGAGACUUACUCUGAACACCGUGAUCUAGUCUUUAUAGUCGGUCACCCAAGAUUAACCACCGUGGUGCAAUGUGUCAACGUUGUGUUCUUCAUUCCUAAAUUUGUCUGAAGAAAAUGAAAGUACACUAAACAUAAAUGUAACCGUUGAUGCUUUCGCAUUACUGUGACAUGCUGUUGAACCAGCAACCAUGCUGUUAUUCUAAGACAAAGGCUUUAGGGUUGAGGAAACGUUGACAUAUUAAUGUUGAUUGCCGAACUGGUUGGUUAACUGUAUAUUCUAGUCCGAUCACAUCAUUGGUAGGGAAUGGAUUCCGAACUUGAAUUAUUUUUGGGAUCUGGUAUUAUUCAUUAAGAAUAGGACAAAAAGUACAUCAUAACAUCUCCAUUGCCUGCUACACCCAUGUGAAUUAUUUUAAAUAUUUCUCAUUAAAACAAUUUUUUAAUAAACAUAUUGU